AUGGUUAAAGCAGUCGCUGUCGUUAGAGGAGAUUCAUCAGUCAAUGGAACUGUUAAAUUUGAACAAAGUUCAGAAUCAGAUCCAACAACAAUUUCAUGGGAAAUUUCAGGUAAUGAUCCAAAUGCAUUAAGAGGAUUUCAUAUUCAUACCUUUGGUGAUAAUACUAAUGGAUGUACAUCUGCUGGUCCACAUUUUAAUCCAUUUGGUAAAACACAUGGUGCUCCAGAAGAUGAUGAUAGACAUGUUGGAGAUUUAGGAAAUAUUUCUACUGAUUCAAAUGGUUUAGCAAAAGGUGAAAAACAAGAUUUAUUAAUUAAAUUAAUUGGUAAAGAUUCUAUUUUAGGUAGAUCAGUUGUUGUUCAUGCUGGUACUGAUGAUUAUGGUAAAGGUGGAUUUGAAGAUUCAAAAACUACUGGUCAUGCUGGUGCAAGACCAGCUUGUGGUGUUAUUGGUUUAUCUGAUUAA